UGUCUUCGACUGAACGCGGAUUUCGUUACAGAUCAAAAGCCUGGGUUUCGUUCAUCCAUUUGUUCCUGCGUUUUCAGUGAUAAACCAUCAUGACUUUUCGUUAUAUCUGGCUGUACGCUGUGGCGGUUGUGGUAGUUAUACCUUACCCAACCGAGACUUGCGUAGUGCCAAUGACCUCUCAGCUGAGCCCAAGAGGUCAAGAGAGGUCAGCUGAGUCAUUAGUCAAGGUCACGUUAGCUGACAGGGAGAAGUGCCAGCCAGGUGAUAUGGUGCCAGCGGUCCGAGUGAACACGACGCUUCGAGUUGCCAAUUUGCGGGAAGAAAUGAAUAACUACAACUUGACUGCGUACAUCAUCCCGAGCGGAGACGAACACCAGAGCGAGUACGUAGCGAAGGCCGACGAGCGACGUAAGUACAUCAGCGGCUUCUCCGGCAGCUCGGGCCUGGCACUGGUGACCCUCUCCGCCCAGGCCCUGUGGACGGACGGGAGGUACUUCCUUCAGGCAGAGGACGAACUGGACUGUGCCUGGAUGCUCAUGAAGGAGGGAAUGGAAGGGGUGCCAACCGUGCUGGAAUGGCUGAAGGAACUGCCAAUGGGUGCCACAGUAGGUGCCGACCCGCGUCUCAUCGGGGCUCAGACUUGGCUCUCAUAUGCUGAAGAACUGGAAGGUAUGGGCAUCGACAUGCUUGGAAUAGACACGAAUUUAGUGGACCUGAUUUGGGAAGAAGAUGGUCGACCGCCUUACGUUCAAGAUCCGGUGUUUGUGCACGAGAUGGCGUUCGCCGGCAAGAGCUGGCAAGACAAAGUGGCUGACGUCAGAGGCGAGAUGUCAGCGGCCGAGGCUGACAUCCUGGUGCUGACGGCUCUCGACGAGGUGGCUUGGCUGUUAAACCUUCGGGGUUCUGACAUUCCCUUCAACCCAGUCUUUCGAGCAUACGUGGCCAUAUCGACGACUUCCACCGAGUGUUCUGAACAACAAUGCGUGACGAUCCACGACUACGCCAGCAUCCUAGAUUACCUGCAGGAUUCCCCAGCGCAGAAGAUUGUGGUCCCUGGCUCCUACGCGUACUCCGGCGGGGCCUCCUACGCCGUCUACUCCGCGGUCAAGGAAUCUGCUCGAGUGGCGUCGACCUCGCCCGUCCUGCUGACGAAGGCGCGCAAGAAUGAGGUCGAGAUCGCGGGGAUGAAGAAUGCACAUGUAAAGGAUGCUGUGGCUCUGUGCGAUUUCCUCAGGUUUCUGGAGAAGGAGAUCACCGACGGCGCCAAUGUCUGGACCGAAAUAUCCGCCGCGACGGAGCUCCAGUCCUACCGGGCGGCACAGCAGGAUUUCAUGGGCCUCUCCUUCGCCUCCAUCAGCGCCUACGGUUCCAACGGCGCCGUCAUCCACUACGAACCCACGGACGCCACGGACAAGGCGCUCGGGACUGGCUCCCUGUUCCUCCUGGAUUCCGGUGGACAGUAUAAGGACGGCACAACAGACGUCACCCGCACCAUGCACUACGGACAGCCCACAGACGCCCAGAUUGAAGAGUACACCCGCGUCUUGGCCGGACACGUCGACCUCGCCUCCGUUGUCUUUCCUGAAGGCACGACGGAUACUCGACUCGAUGUGCUUGCGAGGAGACACCUGUAUGAAAUUGGUCUUGAUUACCGACAUGGGACAGGGCAUGGUAUCGGCAUGUUCCUUGGGGUUCAUGAAUCCUUAAGUCCUGCGUAUGAACCCGGGUACUUCGAUUCCAAUGAGCCCGGUUUCUACAAGGACGACGCAUACGGCAUCCGGCUCGAGAACAUCAUGCUCACUGUGACGAAAACCACGCCGUACACCUUUGACAAGCCAUCUCUCGGUUUUGAGCCUGUCACUCUGGUUCCCUUCGAAGCGAAACUCAUUAACCAGACUUUGCUGAGUCGAAAACAGUGCGACUGGCUGAACAACUACCAUGCAACUGUUCUGCAAGUGAUUGGAGACGAACUGCAUGCUCAAGGGAAGCAGGAAACUCACGACUGGUUGGUGGAGAAGACAAGACCUCUUUGCGUUGCGAGUCUGGGUCUGUCCGCCUCGUCCUCCUCGUCGAAAUGCUUAGUCGUUCUUGCUCUUCUCGUGGUGUUGAGAAAUCAGAUUUUGUUUUGAAGGGUGGGGGGGAUAAUUUGAGUUUUUGUGGAAUCAGAAGUAUUGAUCGAUAUUGAUUGGGAAGG